UAGCUAGACAUGGUUCAAGUUCCUGUGUCAUAAAAGUCAUGAUUAAAGAAAGAAAAAGGGAAAAAAAUAAAUUCCCUCUUCUUUAUUUUUUUUCUUAUAUAUACAUAUAAAAAUGAAAUGGCGUGUUCUGGUACUGUUGGUAUCAGGCUUUGCCAUGAUAUAUUUUGUGAGCUUACUACAAGAUACACCUUACCCUCAUCCAGUGCUUGUACAGACAUUCUUACCGAAAAAGACCAGAACAAAUGAGCCAAGUCGAGUCAUAUUACGACAAACUGGAGACUAUGUCUACCGAACUCAUGUCCAUGACGAAGCUGUGUUGGAAGCCAAUAAAGGCUUUGUCUUGUUAUACAAGCAAGAAAACCAAAGCAGGAUUUACUCAGACCCGUACCAGAAGAAGAAUGGGAGGUUUGCUUUAGACACUUAUUGCCUGGUCCAAUCACACAAGUAUCCUCUAGUCCAGAAGAUACAGAGACUGUGCAAUUCGCCGUAUUAUACCAUAUCGUACAAGAUGAUCAUAUUCAACAUAUUGUCAGAGUAUAUUAUCUUGUUGAUGACCAAUAUCAUUACAAAGACUUGAUUUUACCUGGUAAUACCAUGAUUGAUGCUAUCUCGCUUGAAAAGGAUUCUAUCCUGUUUUCUCGGAAUCCAGAUCUCUAUCGAUUCCGUAUUAUGGCAUUACCUACCCAUCUCACAUUACCACCUCAUUCAGAGCAAUCACAACCUAUUCUGUUGAGCCAUGGACAAACAGGCGAACCUAU